CAGUCCUUCGCGAGCCGACACUGGAGGCAGCAGUGGCGGCAGCGAUAGCGCCCCGAACCCGCCGCGCUGCCCUCUCCGCGCGCCGCCAGCCCCGACGGCAUGGCCCGCAGCCCGCGCUCCGAGCGCCCCCAACGCCGCUGAUUGCUGCUACGGCCCCGGACCCGCGCGCAGGGCCCCGAGCCGCAGGGAUGAGCUGCGUGGAGUAGUGAUUACCGCUUGGGAAUGCGGGUGUGAAGGGUCCGAGCUGCCGCCCAGCGGGGAGGAGACCCCAGGACGCCGGAAAUCACCAUCGUGAAGCUACGAGAAAAAGGGAAAGAGCGAUCUUCAUUCAGUUUUGUGCCUUGUGAGGGAUUUACAUUUUUAAUCGCUAUUUUUUUUUUUAAAUAUCUCCGUGCUACUGUCUGUCAUCGUCUCUGGAGAAUCAACCAGAACCACCGAAACGUAACUGAACCGAUAGAGAGAGGAGAGCGAGGCAGGAGCAGAGUCAGUACCUGCAGCGCCCGGGCACCGGAGACCUUGGAACCGGAACGCGUCUCGGGAGGCCGCGGGGCUGCGGCUCCGCCAAACUUUGGGGCGGGCAGGAGCGCCAAGAGGCUUCGUAGACGGAGGGCGGCCCCCUAACCAUGAUGUUUCGCGACCAGGUCGGGGUGCUGGCGGGCUGGUUUAAGGGCUGGAACGAGUGCGAGCAGACUGUUGCGCUGCUGUCGCUGCUCAAGCGCGUGAGCCAGACCCAGGCCCGCUUCCUUCAGCUCUGCCUGGAGCACUCGCUGGCCGACUGCGCCGAGCUGCACGUCCUGGAAGGAGAGGCCAACAGCCCGGGAAUCAUUAACCAAUGGCAACAGGAAUCCAAGGAUAAAGUGAUUUCCCUUCUGCUAACUCACCUGCCUUUGCUGAAGCCAGGAAACCUCGACGCGAAAGUAGAGUAUAUGAAACUGCUGCCCAAGAUCCUGGCACACUCUAUCGAACACAACCAGCACAUUGAGGAGAGCAGGCAGCUGCUGUCCUAUGCUUUGAUCCACCCAGCCACUUCCUUGGAAGACCGCAGUGCACUAGCCAUGUGGCUGAAUCACUUGGAGGACCGCACAUCCACGAGCUUUGGUAGCCAGAACCGAGGCCGCUCAGACUCUAUGGAUUAUGGACAGACGCACUACUAUCACCAAAGACAGAACUCUGACGACAAGCUCAAUGGCUGGCAGAACUCUCGGGAUUCUGGGAUUUGCAUCAGCGCCUCCAACUGGCAGGACAAGAGCCUGGGCUGUGAGAACGGCCAUGUGCCCCUCUACUCUUCAUCAUCUGUCCCCGCCACAAUCAACACGAUUGGAACCAGCACAAGCACGAUUCUCUCAGGCCAGGCACACCACAGCCCUUUGAAACGAUCUGUGUCCCUUACCCCACCCAUGAAUGUGCCAAACCAGCCUCUAGGACAUGGAUGGAUGUCUCAUGAGGACUUACGAGCUAGAGGACCUCAGUGCCUCCCAUCCGAUCAUGCCCCCCUGUCUCCACAAAGCAGUGUAGCCUCUUCAGGAAGUGGUGGGAGUGAACACUUAGAAGAUCAGACCACUGCUCGUAACACAUUCCAAGAAGAAGGUAGUGGUAUGAAAGAUGUUCCAGCUUGGUUAAAAAGCCUCCGCCUGCACAAGUACGCUGCGCUCUUCUCACAGAUGACCUAUGAGGAAAUGAUGGCCCUCACCGAGUGUCAGCUGGAGGCUCAGAAUGUUACCAAAGGUGCAAGACACAAAAUUGUAAUCAGUAUUCAGAAGCUCAAGGAAAGACAGAAUCUCCUGAAGUCUUUGGAAAGGGACAUCAUCGAAGGGGGCAGCUUGCGCACCCCCCUCCAGGAGCUGCAUCAGAUGAUCCUGACACCUAUCAAGGCCUACAGCUCUCCCAGUACUACCCCUGAGGUGCGCCGCCGGGAGCCCUCGCUGAUGGAGAGCCCAAGCCCUGACUGCAAAGACAGCACCUCCGCAGCAGCCACCAGCGCCACAGCCAGUGCCUCAGCCGGUGCCAGCGGCGGGCUGCAACCACCCCCGCUGAGCAGCUGCGAUGGAGAGCUGGCUGUCGCCCCUCUGCCAGAGGGAGACCUCCCAGGGCAGUUCACCCGAGUCAUGGGGAAAGUGUGCACACAGCUCUUGGUCUCGAGACCUGAUGAGGAAAAUAUAAGCUCCUAUCUACAGCUCUUAGACAAGUGUCUCGUUCAUGAGGCGUUUACAGAGACACAGAAAAAAAGACUGUUGUCAUGGAAACAGCAGGUGCAGAAGCUCUUUCGGUCUUUCCCUCGGAAAACCCUUCUAGACAUAUCAGGAUAUCGACAGCAAAGAAAUCGUGGCUUUGGGCAGUCCAACUCCCUCCCGACAGCCAGCUCUGUGGGCGGCGGCAUGGGUAGACGGAACCCACGGCAGUACCAGAUCGCAUCUCGGAACGUCCCUUCUGCCCGCCUUGGUCUCCUGGGCACCAGUGGAUUUGUCAGCUCCAACCAGCGCCACACCGCUGCCAACCCCACCAUCAUGAAACAAGGAAGACAGAACCUCUGGUUUGCCAACCCUGGGGGCAGCAACAGCAUGCCCAGCCGCACCCACAGCUCUGUCCAGAAGACCCGCUCGCUGCCCGUGCAUACUUCCCCACAAAACAUGCUGAUGUUCCAGCAACCAGAAUUUCAGCUUCCCGUGACUGAACCUGACAUCAACAACAGGCUGGAGUCCUUGUGCCUCAGUAUGACGGAGCAUGCCCUGGGAGACGGGGUUGACCGGACCUCCACAAUCUAGAAACUGAAGAUGACAGUGACCGCGCUGGCCGUGAAAUGGACUGCUGCGGGCCCAGUGUCAGCCAUCUUCAGGGUUGCAGAGACUCUUCCAAGACACUUUGCAGCCUUUUUCCCCUGGUCCCUCGCCCAUUUUGAUUUUGUGAGAGCGUAGGUCAUCCUUGUAAACAUAUCAGUAGACCUGG